GAAGAGCUUUCAUGAUCGCUUGUCCAGUUCUUCACAGCCUCGUCUUGCAGAGCAAAAAAGAAGAAGAAGAAGCAAACAGAGAAGAAAGAAACUAAUCUGUCAACUAUUUUAAAUCAAAAUGGUGAGAGCUCCUUGCUGUGAGAAGAUGGGUCUUAAGAAGGGGCCAUGGACUGCAGAGGAAGAUCAGAUUCUGAUCUCUUAUAUACAAAGCCAUGGCCAUGGAAACUGGAGAGCUCUCCCCAAACUAGCUGGCCUUUUGAGGUGUGGGAAGAGUUGCAGACUUCGGUGGACGAAUUAUCUCAGACCUGAUAUUAAAAGAGGGAACUUUACCAGAGAAGAAGAGGAUGCCAUCAUUACUUUACAUCAAAUGCUUGGAAACAGAUGGUCUGCAAUUGCUGCAAAGCUACCAGGUAGAACUGACAAUGAGAUAAAAAACGUGUGGCACACUCACCUGAAGAAAAGAUUGAAGACUGGUACUGAAACAACGCAAGAAUCAGCGAGAAAGAACCAAAUAGAAUCGAAGGAAGAGAAACCAACGCAAUCAUUCAGCAGUACUGAUGUCUCCUGCUCGGGCAAUACUGAAUCAUCAACCUCUAGUACUUUAGAAAACAGCCAGAACUCCAUGGACUCAUCACUGAAUCAUGAAUUCCAAGAAAUUGAUGAGAGUUUUUGGACUGAAACACUGCAAAUGGAUGGUAAUGCGGAGCAAAACUCAAUGGAUUCAAUGGAGUUAAUGGAAGAAGGAUUUUCCUCGGAAUUCAGUGAUGAGACAUUCUUGUUCUCAGCUGGUUCAAGCGAUGAGGACGAUAUGAGUUACUGGUUGAGGAUCUUUUUGCAAGCUGAAGAAUUGCCUGAAAUUUGAAGGACCCAUUUAAAUUUUGAAUUUUUACGAGAAAAAUAGAAAUUUAAAAAAUUAUUUUAGGUAUUAUUAACUUCUUUUAGUUCAACAAUAUCUGCAUCUUAUAAUUUAUUCACUCUAUUCGAUAGCAAAAUAUUUCAAAAAGUAGAAAGAAAACUGUAACCAAAUAGAAGCAUAGAAUGAUCUAUCAAGUAACUAUUCAAAAGACACUCCAAAUAAAUCUUCGGAUCUGUUUAUGUAAUUAUGGAUUUUGUGAUCAAAUGAUACUGAUUUAUUGCUUUAGAAGAGUUGAGCUCUAUGUAAUGAAACUAUGAAAGUUCAAAAAAGUGGCCGUUAGUGCUUGGUGCACUAUAAAAAGUUGAAAUUGAAUUA